AUAAAUUUUUCAGAGGGCAGUCAGAAAAAUUAUCUUCUCUUAUCUCUUCAUCUCUCAGAAUACAGUGAGAGGCAAAACAAGAAACAUGAACUCCUCUUCAAUCUUCUCGCCGAUUUAUUCAUCUUCUCACGCUCUUCUCAAGCCAAACAACAACCCUUUUCUAGGAAAAUUUCUUGCUUCCAAACCAUGUACACCUCUCAAGAGAAGAGCUGCUUUAACUACAAGAGCUCUUCUCUCAGCUACCAAAGAAUCAGUGUUGAAGGACUUCCACGAACGAAGAGCUCUCAAGAUAAUCUCAGGUUUGCAGAAUUUUAACAAAGAUAAUGUUGCUUCAGUUGUUACUGCUGCAGACAAGGGGGGAGCCACUCAUGUGGAUAUAGCCUGUGACCCAGAAUUGGUGAAGCUUGCGAGUAGCUUAACUUCUCUUCCGGUCUGUGUUUCCUCUGUUGAUCCAGAAGCAUUUCUGGCUGCAGUUGAAGCAGGAGCACUGAUGGUGGAAAUUGGGAAUUAUGAUUCGUUUUAUGAUGAGGGAGUAGUUUUCUCUCCAGAGCAGAUAUUAAAUCUAACAAAGCAUACUAAAAGGAUCCUUCCAUCUGUUACACUAUCUGUUACUGUUCCACACACUCUAAGCCUUCCUGACCAGGUGAAGCUUGCAGAGCUUUUGGAACAGGAAGGUGCUGACAUUAUACAAACUGAAGGAGGAAAAUGUUCUAAUCCUUCAGAAUCUGGUGUUCUCGGUCUGAUUGAGAAGGCAACACCCACCUUGGCUGCAGCCUAUUCGAUUUCGAGAGCUGUCAAAAUUCCGGUAAUGUGUUCAUCUGGACUUAGUGCAGUAACAGCACCAAUGGCAAUCACAGCAGGGGCUUCUGGUGUGGGUGUGGGCUCAGCAGUUAACAAGCUAAAUGAAGUGGUUGCAAUGAUCGCAGAGGUUAGAAAUAUUGCAGAUUCAUUAGGCAUCUCAGCUGAUAGACAUGCCACACCUGAAGAGAGAAUUUUGACAUUGUAAAACCGAGAGUAUUUCUUGUUUGUUUAUGACCACAAGAAUAAAGCACAAGUAAAAUGUCCAGAAGUCUUUCCAUGUGAUUAAACUGAUGAUGAUAUGAUAAAAUCAUCCUGCUUCUGUUA